AUGAGGAGUUUUACGACAGCAAUAAUCCUGGGAGCUUCCGCUCUUCCCCUUUCGUUUGUUGCUGGAGCAAAGCCGUAUUCACAAUGGAUGGCCGACUCUGUUAUUGCUCGUAAAACCCCUCUUGGGAAAAACGCGGCGGGGAGCGUCCUCAUGACUUACGACCACGGGGUUUUUGAGCGCGCUCUCGAGAUGGUCUAUAAUGUUACUGGAAACGCAACUUAUCUCAGCUAUUUGAAGACGGGAGUUGAUAAUAUUAUGAACUCGGCGGGAACACUGUUGGACUAUGAUCUUGAUUAUUAUACUCUUGAUGAUGUGAGAUUGGGGCCUGAGUUUAUCUAUAUGUAUUUGAAGACGGGGACCGCAAAGUACAAGACUGCAGCAGACACCUUACGUCUUCAGCUCCAGACCCAGACACGCAACAAAGAAGGUGGUUUCUGGCACCGCUCCACUUAUCCUAACCAAAUGUGGCUCGACGGACUCUACAUGCAGGCUCCAUUCUAUACCCAAUACACCAGCUUCUUCCAGCCCACAAACACCACCGCCUAUAACGAUAUCGUCAAGCAGUUCGACCUCAUCGAGAAGUACACCCGUAACUCCACAAACAGUCUCCUGAAGCACGGCUAUGACGAGUCGAAGGUAGCUGUAUGGGCUGAUCCCGUAACUGGCGAGAGCCCAGAGGUCUGGGAUAGGGCUUUGGGAUGGUAUCUGAUGGCACUUUUGGAUGUGCUCGAUUAUUUCCCAGCGUCACAUGCGGGAGCGACCACGUUAAAGAAUUACUUUAUCAGAGCUGUUGCAGGGGUGAAAGCAGCAGCAGAUCCUACAACGGGAGGUUGGUGGUUGGUGAUGUCUGAGCCGUGGCCGGGACAUGCUGGUAAUUAUAUUGAGACCAGUGGGACAGCAAUGUUUGUUUAUGCAAUGUUGAAGGGAAUCCGCAAGGGUUACAUCAGUAAAGCAGAUUACUUCCCAACAGCGGAGAAGGCAUAUAAGUUGUUGCUUUCGGAUUAUGUAGUUGAAGAUAGUAGUGGACUGUUGAAUUGGGAAGGAACAGUAAAUGUGGGAAGUUUGGGUAGUAAUGGAACGUUUGAGUACUAUAUCUCGGUGGCAGAAAAGGAGAACGAUUUCAAGGGCCUUGGACCUUUUAUUUACGCCAGUAUCGAGUAUGAGCAGAUGACAAGUACAUGA